AUGUUGGUGUAUUAUAUUCUCUCUGGUGGACAUCACCCUUUUGGGAAAGGUAUCCGUUGUGAGGUAAACAUUCUUGAUGGAAAGUAUUCACUGGAACAUGUGGAGGAUGAGAUUGCAAAGGAUCUAAUAGAGAGGAUGAUCAACCAAGAGCCAAAAGAGAGACCAAAAGUCGAGGAUACCCUCAGACAUCCUUUCUUCUGGACAAACGAAAGGAGAAUUGACUACUUGAAAAGAAUGGGAAAUGAGAAAGAAGCUGAAAACUGCCGGAAUGCUGAUGAGGACCUUCUUCAUGCUCUGGAUGAAUACACAGUUGGAAAAACCUUCUGUAAUUGGAAAACUAAGCUCCCCCCUGACCUUGUCUGUAAAAUGGAUGGGAAAAAGAAAGCCUAUCCAGAGAACACACUGGGUCUUCUGCGGUUCAUACGCAACCUGUUCGAGCACUAG